UACACACACUAUUAUAGCUUAAGUUUAGGAUGACUCGAUUUCCUGCCAUGUUCUAACGAGAAAAUCGGUUAUAUGACAACAUCGUUGUUUGUCAAUAAAAGUGUAUAAUACGUUUAGAAAAAUAAAUCUUAACUCGCAAAUAAUUGAUAGUUGUCUUGAUUGAUUGUGGGCGAAAUUAACUACAGAUUCAGGUUGACUGGUAUAUACAAUAAUGCACUAUUAUUCAAAAUGAAAUAAGACUAUUGUCAAUUCUAACAGCUGAUUAACGGAGUAUGUUUGUUGUUGUUGACAAAUUCUUUGAAAUGAAAACCUAUCUGAGCAGAUUUUUAUAAGGAAUAUAAUUCGUGACAUUCAAUAACACCACAUAGUGCCAAACACAAAAACAAACGCAUAAUGACCAAAGAUUAUCUUGAGGCUCUAGUUGACAUUACGAAGAAAUUAAAAAUCAGACCGCAAGUUGACUUACAACGCUUUAUCAUUAAUCCGACAGGACGGAUCAGGAAAGUUUCCAGUCAUGCAGUGCUGGAUAUCGUGGCUGACUCCCAUGGACGUAUUCGUAGUGGUUCCAUGGAGAGUACCAGUAAAUCUUCUUUGGCUGGUUCCCUGGACAGCCCAUCCAGAGUGCGCAGGAUAUCUAGUCAGUCUGUGCUAGCAGUUGUACAGGAAAAUGAUAGUUGUUUUCAUUCCACGUGUCUCGAAGCUUGUAAAAACAUGACAAUCUUAGAAAAGCUUCAAUACAUAAGAAAACUGCAGACUGAAAUUCGGGAACAAGAUCAACUGCUGGCAAAACAAUUCCUUCAAUUAUACAAAGACAUCCAGCAAGAGAAAGUCCGGAAGUCAUGCAUCCAGCACCAGGAUCAUUUAGACGCUUUAUUCGAUGACACAGUUGAAGAAAAAGAGACUCCAGUCAUGUGUGACCAACCAGUCAAACGUAGAGCAAAGACACUUACGUGCGGUGUUACCCGGAUGAACAUUCGAUCUCAAAGAUUUUCAUGCUCGUAG